AUGACUAAAGUCUUCAUCACUGGUAUCACAGGAUACAUUGGCGGAGAUGCCACAGCCACUCUCGUCGCCAAGCAUCCUGAAUUCACCUACUCUGCACUUGUUCGCAGCACCGAAAAAGCAGAGCAAGUCAAAGCCCAAUACCCAAACAUACGGGUCGUAAUCGGCGAUCUCGAUGAUUCAGCCCUGCUCGAGCGGGAAAGUGCUGCCGCAGACAUCGUCCUACACACGGCAGAUGCCUCUGACCAUGCAGACGCUGCAAAAGCCAUAGCCACCGGUCUAGUCGCAGGCCAUAGCAAAAAGAACCCAGGCUAUUGGUUACACACGGGAGGGACAGGAAUUCUGACCUUCGAGGACAGCGACAGGAACGAAUUUGGCAAUCACAGUUACAAGGUGUACGAUGACUGGAGCGGGGUCGAGGAACUGCUCAACCUCCCCGAUCAUGCUUUCCAUCGUAAUGUGGACCAGCUCGUGCUGGAGGCCGGAACAACGCAUGCGGACGUGCUUAAAACCGCUCUGGUUUGCCCGCCUACUAUCUACGGUCGCGGCCGAGGACCAUGCUCUCAGCGCGGUCGCCAGGUCUACGAGCUCGCCAACGUAACUCUCCGACUCCAAAAAGGACCCAUUAUCGGAGCAGGCAGAUCCAUCUGGAACAACGUCCACAUCCACGACCUGAGCGACGUGUACCUACUACUCGUGGACGCCGCGAUUGCAGGCCGGACUGAUGACGGCCUAUGGGGAUCCAAGGCCUACUACCUCACCGAGAAUGGUGAGCACGUCUGGGGUGAACUAGCCAAAUCUACAGCAGAAGCAGCCACGAAGCUGGGGUACCUCCCUGAAGCCAAGGCCGAAUCUAUCGAUCUAGAGAGCGCCAAGAAAUAUGCCGGCUUCGAGUCACUGAGCUGGGGCAUGAAUUCGCGCGGUCGCGCGCAACGAGCUCGUAAGAUCCUGGGAUGGAAGCCUCAUCGGCCCAGUCUGCUGGAAGAACUGCCUACCGUGGUUCGCAGCGAGUCUGAGCGCAUGUAG